UCGGUUACGGUUGUGCAACGAUGAUUGUUCUAUGGCUGGUUAUAGGCCUGAGUGCCCUUAUACACUGGCUUUACAGACUCAACAAGGACUACUACGUUAUGUCCUUCUUCGCCAAGAGGGUUCGCACCAAGGACGGCCAACCUCUGUCCAGUUUGGUGGCCCUGCCCAAGGGUGUUACUAUUUUUGGCAACAGCUUUGACUUGUAUGGCAAAGACCACGCUGGGGUCUUCAACAUGUCCCGUGAGCGAUCCAAACUAGGCCGGAGCUAUGUGGAAUAUGGAAUGGGUACACCGAUUUACAACCUAAUCGACCCCGACAGCGCCGAUAUAGUUCUAAACAAUCAGAACCUGAUAUCAAAAGGUCUGGUAUACAACUUUCUGCAUCCAUUUUUGAGGACUGGUCUUUUGACUUCGACAGGCAAGAAAUGGCAUGCUCGCCGCAAGAUGCUUACCCCCACAUUUCAUUUCAAUAUUUUGGGACAAUUUCAGGAGAUUUUCAAAACUGAGAGCCAGAAAUUCUUGCAACAGUUCAAAGGUCAAGAUGAGACCACCAUCACUCUGAACGAUGUUAUUCCCAGGUUCACCCUAAACAGCAUUUGCGAGACGGCCAUGGGCGUUAAAUUGGAUGAAAUGGCUGAGAAAGGCGAUCGCUAUCGCGAGAACUUCGCCAGUAUCGAGGAGUGUUUCAUCCGGCGAUUGAGUAAUCCGCUUUACUGGGGCGACACUCUGUUCAACUUGUUCGCUGCCAAGGAUUAUGCCUCGGCCCUGGACGUGGUUCAUGGAUUUUCCAGUGAAAUCAUAGCCAAGAGAAGGGUUCUACUGAAAGAUGAACUACAAAGCCAAAAGGAAAAUCCGACGGCUGAUGAUGACUUAUUUGCUGGAAAGAAAAAGCGCUUUGCCAUGCUGGACACUCUGAUUCAUGCUGAGAAGGAUGGCCUAAUCGAUCAUAUUGGAAUUUGUGAGGAGGUGGACACUCUGAUGUUUGAAGGAUAUGAUACCACCUCGAUUGGUCUAAUCUUUGGUCUGAUGAACAUGUCUUUAAACGCCGAAAAACAGGAAUUGUGUUAUCAGGAAAUUCAAGAGCAUAUUGAAGAUGACUUGAGCAACUUGGACAUAAGCCAGUUGAAUAAACUUAAAUACCUGGAAUACUUUGUGAAGGAAACCAUGCGGUUGUAUCCCUCAGUUCCUAUUAUGGGCCGCGAAACAGUUCAGGAAACGGAACUUUCUAAUGGUCUAAUCCUGCCAAAGGGUGCCCAGAUCACAAUUCAUGUUUUCGACAUCCAUCGCAAUCCCAAGUUUUGGGAUUCCCCCGAAGAAUUUAGGCCUGAGAGGUUUACACCAGAAAACUCCCAGAAUCGCCACACCUACGCCUAUAUCCCCUUCAGUGCUGGCCAAAGAAAUUGUAUUGGUCAAAAGUAUGCCAUGCAGGAAAUGAAAACCCUGCUGGUGGCUGUCCUCAAGCAGUUCAAGGUCCUGCCAGUUACCGAUCCCAAAAGUAUUGUCUUCACCACUGGCAUCACCUUGCGGACUAAAAAUAAAAUUCAAGUAAAGCUAGUUAGACGAAAAUAAAUGAAUGUUGUAAUAACCUGUUAAUAAAGAACAAAAUACUUUUUUUAUAA